CGCGCUGUGAAUUCACGCGCUGCUCGCCGCUCAGCAGUCAUUAAACGGAGCAGGGCAGACAUUGUUGUGGCAACAGCCCAGCUCUGGAGGCUCAAGCGCCUGUAGUGAGCAGAUAACGGGUAGAAAAGGCGGCGGCGCCAUAAACAGGGCAACGGAUAUCUGUCCUCAUUCAACCGAAGCGCAGCGGAGAACACGCAGCCUGCCGACACGAUGCCACGGACGUGAAAACCCCACGACAUCUGCUAAGGUUUUUGUUUUUUUUUGCAUCCGCCGGGAUAAACCUCAGUUAUUCUCUUUGUGUGCUCUGAGGUUAACACUUCCAGAGGAACCGCUAUCUUCUUGGACGACAAGGACUGUUGUUCUCCCAGGGGCCUUUGGAAAACACGUCCUGCUGCUGUGGAGAUGAUGGACUGACAUUAAUAGGUGCUUGCGGUGCAUCCUCUUACCCGGCCUCAUUAAGGGCGUAUUUUAACCCAACUGAUGUCACUUUGCCUUGAAGGUGGCAAUCUAUAUAAAGACAUCACAUGUCUGCCUCUGUUUCCUCCUCCAGUGAUUGCAUGGUGACAUCUGGCUCAGAGUGGCUGCAGAGGAAGAUGAUGAGGAUGAGGAUGUGAUAACUGUCAUUUGAGCAUCAGAUAAAGCAGCAUUUUAGCAGUUUCUCAGGGAGUCUUUGGGUUUUCUUGUACAAAAUGGGCAGUGAGGGUGAGAUCAUAAGUAGAGAGCUGUCAAAGGUAUCUGAUGAGGAUUUGCUGGCCUGCUCCAAAGAGGAGCUGGUGAGCCGGUUGCGUAAGGAGGAGUCAGAGAAGAUCUCCGCUCUGAUCCAGCGAGGCAGGCUCAUCAAGGAGGUCAACAAGCAGCUGCAGGGGCACCUCCUGGAAAUCAGGGAACUAAAAGUCAUCAACCAGCGCCUGCAGGAGGAGAACACCGAGUUGCGGGACCUGUGCUGCUUCCUGGACGACGACAGGCUCAAGGUGAAGAAGCUGGCCCGGGAGUGGCAGCUUUUUGGUCACCAUGCUGCCAAGGUGAUGCGGGAGGACCUGGGUGGCUACCUGAAGAAGCUGGCUGACCUGGAGCGCAUGCAGGACGGGCUGGUGAAGGAGAACCUGGAUCUGAAGGAGCUGUGCCUGGUGCUGGAGGAGGAGUGUGUGAGCAGGAGUGACUCCAGCCCCGGCGGGUCCACGGAGCUCAAUCUGCCAUGCAUGGUGGCCCGGGACUUGGGGGACGGGAGCUCCAGCACAGGCAGCGUGGGAAGUCCAGACCAGCUCCACCUGGUGUGCUCACCAGAUGACUGACAGUCAUUGGAAGGACUUCUCUGCCUUGGACUUAUUAUAAUGUAUGGAUAGACGAAACAGGAGAGAUUAAAGGGAUAGUUCAGGAUUUUUUUUUUUUUUUAUUGGGUCUAUGUCAAAAGGUCAAUAGAUGUUAUUAUCUUACCAACAGUAAAUAACUGAGUGGUGCAUUAUAUUUUUCAAGAUUCAAAUCUGUAAAUAUCUUUGGCAUUUCUAUACCAUUUUGUACAUUUUUGUGCAACACAUUAAUGUAGAUGGUUUAUAUUAUCUCUGUUCAUGAGGUUGUUAAAAUGCCAAAGUUGGCUUCUGACUAACACUGUGGUAAAGGGCUAUUUCACAGCUUUUAUUGGCAUGCUGAAAAAGAAGUAGAUGAACUUUUAUUUAAACGCUACACAUUUAAGACUUUUUAAAAACUGGAUUUGGUUAUCUAACAAUGAACACAGAUCAUUUAAUUUAACGUCCUCAUUUACAUUGUCAGUAAAAUAGAGAAGAAUUUUUAUCACAUUUUUAUCUUUUAAAUAGGGGAAUUAGGACAAGACCAAAGAGGGCCUUAAAAAUAUAAUAGCCUUAGAUAGCAUUUUAUUGGAACACUAUUCAUAAACUUGCAAAACACUGUCAGUUAUUACAAAAAAAAACAAUUAUUCCCACAAGGAAAAUUGGUUGGAGGUGGUGCAACACCAAUGAUCUUCCUGUGUGAAACAGUUAUUUAGAAUGGAAAAAGUAAAUGUAGUUUAUAUAUAUUUAGAUUUGAAGAUUAAACUUUCUUUAAAAUCCUUUCAAGAUUAGAUAUGGAGGGUAAAGUGUAGAGAAACAUUUCAGACCCCAAAGAAUUUGGGUUUUACUGUUAAAGAUAUAGUGGAGGAUGUUCUUUUUCUGGGUGGGUCAUCAAAAUAAGUGGUCCUCUUAAUUGUCAAUCUACAGGCUUGACCCCAUUUUCACUUACCGGUGGUCAGUCUGACAGAGUGGAAAUCUCUUGGAAUGUAAGCUUAUAUGAGCGAUGCAACUUUUAAGCAGAGCUUGCACAAGGAGAAAUGGGCUUGUCCUUGCUCUCGCACCCGUUUAAUAGGCGUUCCCUCUCUGGAGCGGGUACGGAGUUGUGCAUGUUGAGAAGGCGGGUCUUUUUAAAAAUUUGCAAAGAUUCUCAAUUAUACCUUUUGAGUAAAAAAUAUGACCCAGAACAGAAAAUUAGUCAGUUCUAUUUUUUUAUUAUGAAAUGUUAAACUAGAGCUAUUCUAUUCUAUUAUCUAUUCAUUGCAAUAGAAAAUAAACACUGAAAUAGCUUCUUUUUCCAGGACCUCUCGUUUGUUACUGUCCCCCCCCCCCCCCAAACACCAGACCUAAUUUUAACGUUGAUUUUUAGGCUAACUCUGGUCAGUUUGUCAUAUUCUUCAUUUAGUCCAGAAAUAGAUGCUCAAAAUUGGGCUGUGUUCGGUCAGUCAGUUUUUUUCCUACAUUAGUCCAAUAAUAGAUGUUGAAAAGUCUUUUUAACGUCUGAAAGCUACAGCCUUUCACUUUUCAACCAGAUGUAGACGUUGUCUGGAUGUAAAUUAUUUUGUCUUUGAAACUAAUAUUUGCUCGGUGGGGUAGAACAUCAAAUUAAAACACAUUAAUUCAGUUUUCAUCCUUUUUAAUCUUACAGUUACCUUCUGAAUAUUCUGAAUAUCCAAUAAUAUGAGAUCACUUAAUUGUUUAUUACUGUAACGCAGUCAAACGAAUUCUGUGUGUUCUAAGGGCCGGAAUAUACAGUGCAACUUUUCUCAUCCAAAUAUUUUUAGCACUUUCAUAAUGAACACCUUAUUUUGUCAGCAUUUACUCACGUCUCAUCUUUUUGUAAAUGUUUAGCAUGUCAUUGCAGUAACCUAAAAAUAGGCUCCCGCCUUUAGAUAAAUCAAACCUUUAUUUCCCGGAUAAAAAGGUUUUUCUAUUUCAUUUAUUGAAAGGGAAAAAUACACACAAAAAUAAGUAUAAAUGAAUCCUUGCAUCUGCAGACUUAAAAAUAGCAGCAUGCUUUUUGUAAACACUUCCAGAGUGGCUUCCUGCUACUGACAUUCAAGUGUAUUUAACAAUUUAAAUGAAAGGUUUAUUACUUAAUUUUUCCUCGGCAUAGCUUGUUUUCUCAUUAGGAAUGCUUUGUGUUUCAGUAUUUGUUUCAAACCGGAAGAUCACUGCUCAUGCACUGCCUCCAUAUUCAUUUCAAGGGUAAAAAAAACAGCUGGGUUCAACGCAUUGAAGGAAUAUUAAAAAAAACAAACUAUUUAUAGCUAUAAGUAGUAGCAUAAUAAAAAAAUGAAAGAGGUAUAUAAUAGAAUGGGGUUAUUUAGAAAAAUGUGAAAAGCAUAAAAUUUGACCUACACAUAAAAACAGCUACAGACUAUUUGCUAGACUGCACAAAAAUGCAGAUAUGUAAACACUUACUGAGUUUUUUUUGGAAGCACAUAUAGUUAUAAAAUAUAAAGGCCACAAUUACUGUCUAAUUAGAAAGGAAGGACGGCUUAAAGGUUCAUAAAGUGGCGUUUGCAUAUUAGACAGAUGAGUUGUUGGUAGAAGUCCUGUUUGGUCUUGGCUUCUCCAGCAUCUGGAUCAACUAAUCUGUAUUUGUACUAAAUCAAGACCCAGAUAUUUUUUUUCUUCUUUUAUUACAGGUAAGAAAUUAAAUGUUUACAAUCUUUUAACUGAGCCUAACUUAAAAAAAAGGAAAUCCCUGGAGUGUCCCUUUAAAGCUCUCUGAAUGCUGCAGUUUCUGUGCCACAAUAGGAUUUGAGAAACUUUAUCAUGCUACACAUUUCAGGACCUUACAGAGACAUUGAUGACAAACUAUAGAAGUUUUACAGCAUAUUUUCUAUCAAAUCUUAAGAGAUUUCUCCUUUUUCAGUGAUCUGUUAUUGAAAAAGACAAAUGGGACCAAUAAGUGGGUCACAUCUAUAAAUUUAUCUCAUGCACUGGACUAGCCUACACUGGUAGAAGCCUUCUUUUGUAAUGCACUGGAGAACUUCAUCUUAGAUCAUUAAAUCAUGGAUCUAAAGAUUGAUUUUAAUCCAGUUAUGAGCCAUAUUUAGUCCACUGAUUUGAUAUCGGCCUUUGCUAGAUAGAUACCCAGUUGUGUAAAUGUUAAUGUGCCCUCUCUUCCUCAGGGCAGGAUUGGAGUGCCAUAUGUGCAUGAUGGUUGUUCUUGUUUAUACUACAGGUUGUAAUGCUGUUAGGAAAAUGAGCUGAAGCCUGCAUUGAGCUGGCACACUUAUCAAAGCUUUGGCUCAUGGUAGAUAUUUAGAGGAACUUCACUGAGAGCAGAAUUAAGAAUUUUUUUAUUUUUUUUUUUAAAUCCUGCUGGAAUCUCUUUGUAUCAAAACUGGAAGGUCUACAAACUUUAAGGGUUUUCAUUCUAAGCUGAUAAAGUUUUGCUUCUUUCAUCCUAUUUUACGAUGUAGUUGAUGUUGAAUUAGCACAUCACAGAAUUAAUUGGUUCCUUUAUUUGCAUUUAAUCUGUACCACUAGGAUUAAUCUUAACUUAGACUCUUCUUUAUCUGGGUUUAUCUGUGUUGAUUAUAGAAUUACUAACUGUUUUCGGUUAAAUGCACAUGGAUUUGCAGUUUAUUUUGUUGUCAGCUGUUUAUUGGUGGACUGAUGAGCUUUAAAUACAGUCGAUAUGACGACCUA